UUGAUCAUGUCGUAUAUGCUGCCACAUUUACAAAACGGCUGGCAAGUGGACCAGGCUAUUUUAUCGGAAGAAGACCGCGUGGUGGUUAUCCGGUUCGGCCACGACUGGGAUCCGACGUGUAUGAAAAUGGAUGAGACGCUGUUUCGCAUCGCGGAGAAAGUGAAGAAUUUCGCGACCGUGUAUUUAGUGGACGUAUCGGAAGUGGGAGAUUUUAGUAAAAUGUACGAAUUAUACGAUCCGUGCACGGUGAUGUUCUUCUUCCGCAACAAGCACAUCAUGAUCGAUCUGGGCACGGGCAACAACAACAAGAUCAACUGGGCGAUCGAGGACAAACAGGAAAUGAUCGAUAUCAUCGAGACGGUGUACCGCGGCGCCCGGAAGGGGCGGGGCCUGGUCAUAUCGCCCAAAGAUUACUCCACGAAAUACCGCUACUGACUGACCGCCGGUGCCGGUCGCAGUUAAAAUGCCGCAUACACGAUUGUUCAUCUAAAACAAGAACGUAAUUUAUGCGUAAACGUGUAAAACUGUGAUCACCAGGAGUAAAAGAUGUCUGUGAAAUUAAAAAAAUGCUUACGGGAAAUUAACAGAAUUACUUACUAAAUUCGACCAGAAAGUAUAAUUCCUGAGCUAUUCAACUAGGCGAAUUUGGAAUACCUCGUUUGAGCCCCUGUUCUACAUAGUAUACUGUUACAUUCACGAAUCACGACUGUGCCCUGUGUAUGGUAAUAUGGUAGU